ACGGCAGAUAUAUGGUGCCAGCCACAGGGGCAGGCACGCGGGCCCUGGAUCAGGGGUGUGCCGCUACCCCUGCCGGUGUGGGCCCAUUACGAGUCACCAGCCCUGACCGUGUCAACGGUCGAACUGUAUGAGGAACUAGCAGGCAGCGUUGAAUUAGAAACUCAACACCUACUGCGUGAGCUUCGCUACGAUACCAUUGGCAACUUCCUAAAGUUCUACAAGGACUAUGUUGCAAGCGGUGAAAAUGUGUUGGAAAGAUUUUAUCGCAAAUAUCAACCACUCAUAACUACAGAACAUCAUACAUGUGUGGGUCUAGGAUUCGAGUUACUACACCGGUUGAGGGGUUUAAAUAAAAGAUUUCCUGGUAUAUCAAGUGGCCUCUAUUUGGUGUCCUGUGAGGAGACUAUUUGCAACGUUGCUAGUUAUGUCGGUGGACCACCUGCUGCGGACAGCGGCGAGAAAGAACAUGUCCUAGUGUGCCUAAAGAUUGAAAUAAACGGGCGACGGGGUGUUAUGCUUCUCGACCCUGGAUAUCACGUAGCUCGAGUUAUUACUGUAAUGGAAGAUAAGUUAUACCCGCAUACAGGUUGGUUCAUUCAGUCGGACGAACCAAAUUGUAAGAGAGAGUACAACUAUUUUCUGUGUGCUAAUGAUCCCGAUUACGUUGAAUGGCACGAGAGAAAAAUCUGCGUGGAUGCUUUGGAAAGAACACAAGUUGCUCUUAUAUACAUAGCAAGGCCAUAUUUAACUGCUAUCGAUGUUACAGAACGUAGAAAUCUGGUUUAUAAUUUCAGAAGUCUCCUUGCAAGAGACACGAAAGGCCAUGUUACCGCCGGCGUGUAUUUCCCUGUUGUACUAGACAUGAACAAUGCACAGACUUUUACAAUUUUUUAUCAGACUAAUAAUGGUAAAAAACGGGUCAAAAUGGCAUUUAGUAAAUUCUACGGUUCACCAAAAAUUGAUCUCAACGCCGAAGAGAAGGAAAUUCUUGGAGAGUGUGCUAGGCAAUUAAAUUUGCAACAUGAAACGUUGGAAGAUCUACUCUCUGCUCUUGCUGUAGUCAUGAGCGAUUCAGCCUUUGUGGCGCAACUUCUGGCUAUCAACACAAGAAUAUCUACUUUAGCAGAAGACAAUUAACAGACGCCAAUUCACCCUGAGAGGUGUAAA